AAAUGAAAAAGUGACGCAAACUAGCACUUACGUCACUCCACUGGGUUUUCUGCGAAAAGUUGUGGGAAAUCGACUUAAAGAUUUAUUUUGGUCAAGUUCUGACCGUUUAGGAUAUGUUUUGAUAUACUACAUUGUAGGAUUGCUGCUUUGAGUUGCUUUGAGUUUCUGUGUAUUUCCUGAAGAAAGAAAGAAACAAUGGCAGACUUCUUUGAGGAAGAAGCAGAAGUAUCAGAUGAAGAUGCUCCAGCAAGCAGUGAUGAGGAAGAGGAAGAAUAUGAAGAAGAUAUUGAUGAAGGGGCUAAUGUUCCUGAUCUGAUCAACGAUGAUGAAGAAGUAGAAAAUGAUUCUGAGGGAGAAGAGAUUGGUAGAAAGAAAAAAAGAAAACACAGAGCAGAUUAUGACGAAAGGCUGGAAGAGGAAGAUUAUGAUCUGAUUGAAGAGAACUUGGGAGUCAAAGUUGAGAGGAAAAAGUUUCGUAGAGUGCGUCAGAUCUCCGAGGAGGAUGAUAGUGGAAGUGAGGAUGGAGGAGCAGGAACAUCAAGGGAGUUAGAUGACAGGGAUGCUAUUGCCAAGGAGAUCUUUGCUGGCGAGGAAGAAGAGGGCGAACUUAGUCCUGGAGAAGCUGAGGAUCUAGAGGAACAGCAUGAAGUGGACCAAGGGGAGCAGUAUGGAGCCCUUGAAGAGUCUGAAGAAGAAUCAGACCCAGAUGAUUUCAUUGUCGAUGAUAGUGGGCAACCUAUUGGGAAGAAAAAGAAGAAAGGACAUAAACACAGAUACACAGACUCUGCAUUACAAGAAGCACAGGAUAUCUUUGGACUUGAUUUUGAUUUUGAUGAAUUUGAAGGUUACGGUGAUGAAUAUGAAGAAGCAGAAGAGGAGGAAUAUUCUGAGUAUGAGGAUGAGGAAGAGGAAUUGGAAGAAGGCGGAGAACAGAGGAGAAGACAGAAGAGACCUGGCAAGAAACGAGCUCCAAAGAAGAGUAUCUAUGAGGUUUUUGAGCCAAGUGAGUUGGAGAGAGGUCAUUUCACAGAUCUUGAUAAUGAGAUCAAGACAGCAGACAUUCCAGAGAGAUUUAUGUUGAGAACGGUUCCUGUGACUGAGGCAGCUGAUGAAGAGCUUGAGAAAGAAGCUGAAUGGAUCUACAAACAAGCCUUCCUAACACCAUCAGUAUCAAAUCAGGAAUUUGGUGACCAAGGUGAUGGUUAUGGUGGAUCAAGUGGUUAUGAAAGGAAACCUCCAAAGACAAAGAAGAAAAUCAGGGAAGCCCUCUUGUUUAUGAGGAAUCAACACUUUGAGGUACCAUUUAUAGCUUUCUACAGGAAGGAAUAUGUAGAGCCAGAGCUGAAUUUCAAUGAUCUCUAUAAGGUGUAUCAUUGGGAUGCAAAGUGGUGUCAAUUGAAAGCAAGGAAAGCCAAUCUCCUGAAGUUAUUUGAGAAGAUGCAGACUUACCAGUUUGAUACAGUAAUGAAGGAUAAAGACUUUGAUGCAGCACUCCCUGAAGAUUUCAGAGCUCUUUCCAACCAAGAUAUUGAAAGGCUGAAUGCUGUUGAUUCUACAGAAAGCCUGAAGGAUGUCUACAUGCACUUCUUGCUAUACUACGGCCGAGAGCUCCCUAAGAUGCACAAUUCACUUAAAGCCAAACCCAAAGAGAAGAAAAUGAAGAUGGUGACGGUCAAGAGGAAAGUGAUGGUCAAACGAUGGAGGAAGAAAAAGAAGGAAAAAUCCCCUCACAAAGAACGAAGGAUAGAAGAUGAUGAUAGUAGUGAUGAGGAGGAUAGUAACAAGAAGAUGGAUGCAACGGAGGAGAAGGAGAAAGAGGAUGAGGAGAAGAUGGACACAGAGGACGGGGAGAAGGGAGAUGAGGAAGGUGGGGAGGAGAAGAAGAAAAAAGAUGAGGAGGAGGAUGAUGGUUUUGAGGAUGGUGAGACAAAAGAUAAGGAAGAAGGGGAGGAAGGAGAGACGAAGAAGGAUAAAGAAGAUGGAGAGGUAGCUGAGGAGGAAGAAAUGGAGGAGGUGGAGGUGGAGACAGAGGUUGAAGAGGAGAUGGAGGUGGAGGCUUCUGAUGAUGAGGAUGAUGAAGAAGGCGUGGUAACUAGCUAUGAGAUCAAACAAGCCAGCAGGAAAUCAAUGUAUGCACUCUGCCAAGAUGCUAAACUCACUGGUCUGGCUGCCAAGUUUGGAUUGACUCCUGAACAGUUUGGUGAGAACCUGAGGGAUAAUUACCAGAGGCAUGACCCUGAACAACACCAGGCUAGUCCCUUAGAGGCUGCAUCAGAGUACCUUUCAAAUAAAUUCAAGGAUGAGGAAGGUGUUCUGAAGGCAGCAAGGUACAUGGUAGCCCUUCAGAUAGCACAUGACCCUCUGGUCAGACAGUGUGUUAGACAGACAUAUUAUGAGAGAGCCAAGAUAUCAGUCAAACCUACCAAGAAGGGGAUCAAGGAAAUUGAUGAGAGUCAUCCCAUCUUUGGAAGCAAAUACCUGAAGAAUAAACAAGUGAAGGAUCUAUUAGGAGAUCAAUACCUGAAGCUAGUACAGGCAGAGAAAGACAAACUCAUCACGAUGACCAUGUCUCUUGAUAUGGCACAGGCAUCAAGUACAUCCUACACAUCAGCCACUUACUUUGAGGAGAUGAAGCAGUUGUACUACCUAGAUGAGUUCCGUUCUGAGGUACAGGCCUGGAACAAAGAAAGGAGUGGUGCCCUCGAGAUGGCCCUUAAGAGUAUCCUCUACCCUCAACUUGCCAAAGAACUCAAGACAAAGCUUAUUGCUGAAGCCAAAGAAGGUAUAAUCAAGCAAUGCUGCACAAAGAUGUUCAAUUACCUGAAGGUGAUGCCAUUACAAGUAGAUCAACCCAUGGAAGAAGAUGAAGAUGAUUUCUUGGAUGGAAACAGUCGGAUGGGAUUAAGGGUUAUGGGAUUCGCCUUCACAAGUGCAAUGGACAGUGCAGCAUUCUGUUGUAUGCUUGACGGCGAGGGAGAAGUGACAGACUUCCUUCGAUUGCCUCACUUUUUGAGACGAAGGAAUGCCUUCUGGCAGCGAGAUCGUGACCUCAAGGAAGCUGACGUAGAAUCACUGAAAACAUUCAUCUCAAAUCAGAAACCUCAUGUUAUAGCUGUAGCCUCGGAAGGAAGGAACACAACAUCUGUGUUGCAAGACAUCAGGGGAUGCAUCGAAGAUCUGGAGUCGGAACAACAGAUGGCGCCAAUCAAAGUUCAAUUGCUCGACAGCAAUGUGGCUGUUGUAUACCAGGCUUCCAAGCUAGUUGAGACGGAAUUCCGUGACUACCCACCGUUGCUACGUCAGGCAGUGUCAAUAUCACGUAGGUUACAGGAUCCGCUGAUUGAGUUCUCUCGAUUAUGUAAUCCAGACGAUGAUCUCCUCUGCUUGAAACUUCAUCCUCAACAGGACGCCGUGAGCCAAGAUGAACUGAAGGAGGCUCUCCACCAAGAGUUCAUCUACAGGGUCAACGAGGUGGGCGUCGACAUCAACAGGGCUAUCUUACAUCCUCACACAGUCUCUCUCGUUCAGUUUAUAUGUGGGCUGGGUCCCAGGAAAGGCAAUGCUUUAGUCAGGACCCUGAAGCAGAAGAACCAGCGUUUAGACAAUCGUAAUCAACUAGUAACCCACUGUCAGCUCGGUCCUAAGGUCUUCAUCAACUGUGCUGGAUUCCUGAAGAUAGACACUGCUUCAGCUGGUGAUGGUGCUGAUGAUACAUACAUUGAAGUCCUUGAUAGCACCCGUAUCCACCCUGAGACAUAUGAAUGGGCCAGAAAGAUGGCUGUAGAUGCCUUAGAGUAUGAUGAAGCUGCUGAUGAUGCAAACCCUGCAGAAGCACUAGAAGAGAUUCUAGAGAACCCUGAUAAACUCAAGGAUCUGGACCUGGAUGCCUUUGCAGAGGAACUUGAAAGACAGGGUUAUGGUAAUAGGAGUAUCACAUUGUAUGAUAUCAGAGCUGAACUGAACAGCCGCUACAAGGAUCUUAGGACGCCUUUUCAUCCAUUCACCCCUGAAGAAGCCUUCAGUACUCUGACAAAGGAAACACCAGAGACAUUCUAUAGAGGUAAAAUGGUAACAUGUGUAGUGACUGGUAUUGCAAGGAGGAGACCCACCAGGGAGAUGUUAGAUGAUGCUAAUCCUAGUAAGAAUGAUGAGACAGGAUUAUGGCUCUGUCCCUUCUGUCAACAAGAUAACUUCUUUGAACUCAACGAGGUAUGGAGCCACUUUGACACGGGUAACUGCCCAGGUCAGGCAGUAGGGGUCAAAGUUCGUCUGGACAAUGGCAUCAUGGGAUUUAUUCACACCAAGUUCUUGAGUGAUAGCAAGGUCAAGAAUCCUGAAGACAGGGUCAAGAUUGGUAUGACCCUCCACGCUCGCAUCAUGAAGAUUGACAUUGAGAGGUUUCAGGUGGAUCUGACGAGUAGGAGCUCCGAUCUCCAGGAUCGUAACGGAGAAUGGGCACCGCCUCGUGAUACUUACUAUGACUAUGAAUCAGCUGAGAUGGAUAAACAAAAGGAUGAAGAUGAGAAGAAGAAGGCCGCAGCAUCCAGCACAUAUGUGAAGAGGGUUAUCGUGCAUCCAUCCUUCCAAAAUAUCACCUACAAGCAAGCUGAGAAAGUGAUGAGAGAAUCAGAUGUAGGCGAUGUCAUCAUUAGACCAAGUAGUAAGGGAGCUGAUCACUUAACUGUUACAUGGAAAGUAGAUGAUGGUAUUUAUCAGCAUAUUGAUGUACAAGAAGAAGGCAAAGAUAAUGAUUUCAGUCUGGGAUCAACAUUAAAGAUUGGAGAAGAGGGAUUUGAGGACUUGGAUGAAAUCAUAGCCCGUCACAUCCAGCCGAUGGCAGCCUUCGUACGAGACGUCACCUCUCAUAAAUACUACCGGGAUGUAGAAGGAGGUAGCAAGGAACUCAUGGACAAGUGUCUCGCUGCUGAAAAGAAGAAGGCACCAAGUCGUAUCCCAUAUUUCAUGUGUUUCUCUAAAGAAUAUCCAGGCAAGUUCCUAUUGUCAUACCAGCCGCGUAGCAAAGGAAGACAUGAGUAUGUUACAAUUACACCGGAUGGGUAUAAGUUCAGAGGUCAGAUGUUCACAACCAUCAACUCUUUACAUCGCUGGUUCAAGGUUCAUUUUAGAGAUCCAAUACCUGGUAUGAAUGUGACUCCAACACCGAUGAGUACUCACAGGACACCUAUGUCUGUGGCCCAUGAUGGCACACCUUGGCAAACGGGCACACCCAUGAUCCAAAAGACCGGUACCACAUUCACAGGGGGUAUGUAUGCCACGCCCAGUGUGCUUCAAGGUACCCCUCGACAGACUCCAGGCCGUCAGACACCCUUGACUGGUACAGCAGCAGGUCGCUAUGGUUAUGGCUACCCCUACACUACCCCACAGAAUAUCACUACACCUGUUGGUGCCACUCCUUCUUACCAGGGAAUGCGCACCCCUCAGGGAGGUGUAGCCCGCACCCCACAGGUAAACAGGACCCCCCAGAUCAACCCCGCCCGUACCCCUUCUGUGGCAGGCUUGACACCCCAGGGCACACCCCAGUACCAAUCACGAACCACUCCUCGCCAGUCAUGGGGUGGGAGUACUCCUACACAACAACAGGUUCCACACAGGAGUGCUGGAAGAACACCACAGAGGAGUAGUGGUAGCAGCAGUAGCCGUGAAGUGCCACGUACUGGAGGCCCAGUGGACUGGGCCCAGCAAGCUGCCCUUUGGGCCAAACAACGCCAACAGAACCUGCGAAGCCCAGCCGUCCAACCUAGCCCUGCCCUACAUGAACCUAGCCCAAUGUCCAUCUCAAACACCCCUGCACCCAGCCAGGGAGGAGGGGAUUCAACGCCCCUCAUUGAUGAAGAGAUUUGAAUGUAUUGAUGUUUAUGGACCUCAUGAAGCUCCAUCGAAUAGCCAGUACCUGCAUUACGUGUACUAAGACUCAUUUCAAUCUCAUAUCCCUGUGCCGAGUGAGGGAAUUCAACGCCUCUCAUUCAUUCAUGAGAUUGUUCCACUGUUUGUAGACUAUGCAAAACUCCAUCAUAUGCAUUUUGUUGAUCUACUAGGCAUUGAACCUAGCUCUAUGUCAAUCACAAAUACCCCUGCACCCAGCCAGGGAGUUGAAGGUUCAGUGGCCUUCAUCAAUGGAAAAGCAUAUGUCAUGGCCAGGACAUUUGUGCCAUUGUGUUGAGGACAUCUGUGUCAGUUUUGGCAUAAUGUAAGCCUAAUAAAAACACGAUACAAGCCAAAUAUAAAAAUGAAACAACACUAUGUGUACUGAUGUCAACAGAUUGAGGAUUUUAAUUUGACAGUUGAAGUUAUUCUGUUACAGCCCUAAGUGUAUGACAUUUCAAAAUGAAUACUUCUUAUAUAAUUUCGUUGAAUUUUGCAUGAAGAACUUAGCUUGUUUCUUCCCUUAAUUUAUUUCUGUAAAGUGAUUACAUUGAUCUUGAGGGCAAUAUUUGUCUUGUUUUAAGUUGGAGCAAGACAAGGAGGUAAAAUGUCUCAUGUUUGAAAAGAGAGUAUGAUAUUUGAUCAAAGAGGAUGGAUUCUUCCUCCUUUUUAUUGAGAAAAGGUAAUCAAUAUGUGGACAGAUUGCUAAAUCCGGAAGGUCCUGUGAAUAUUGUUUUAAAGAAAACGGGUGCUAGAUGCAAAUGUGUGUGUAUACAGUACCAUGCAUAUGUAUAUAUGCAAGUUGAUGGAUAUAUUCAGAGAAUAUUCAACAUAAUAUAAGCAUUACAAUUGUAUGAUGUAUAUUUUAAUCAAUCCAAAAUUCAAACUGUUCUUUGGGAUGAUUUACCAAAGUGGCUUCCGACACAUGCAUACAGAUACUUAGUCAAUCUAUGUUUACUGUAUUGGUUCAAUUAACUAACUUUUUUUUUUUUAAUUGGCAAACCGAGGAUUGGAUAAGUCACGUUUUUCUAUUUCAAUGAACAAAUAUUUUUUAGGUUCAUUGACCUAUUCAUCACAUUUUCCCUUUUCUCUGAUUAUAUUUUGCAGAGAGGCUAUAUACAUAAGUGCACAAUGUUUUGCAAAGGUUUACGAAAUCCUUGAAAGUAACCACCUUGGAAUUUCCAUACAAAUAUUGAGGUCGUAUGAAAUGUGAUGUUUGAAUAAAAGAUUAUGAGAUUGUUUUGUUACAUUUUCAGACAUCUACUGUAUGUAAAUAUAUUUAAAUAUUUUCUAAUUCUUGUGCAACCAUAUGACACUAAGUACAGAUUUCAAAUGAAUGUGCUUGAUCAUGUGUGCAGGCAUUGUAUAUACAGUAUACAUAUAAAUUGCAAGUGGAAGUUAAAAAAAAUGAUCCAUUACCUUUUUUUAAGAACGAACAAUAUCAAUCCACAUUGUGUUAUGCUUAGCUCACCAAAUAAUACAUAAUGUGAAUUCUUAAACAAGGUCAUGUUCAAUUAAUUUUCUAUUAAUGAUUAUUACACUCCAAAUGUACUUAGAAAUUAGAAAUUAGUUACAUGUAUAAAUUGAUUAUGUUCACAAUUCUUUCGUCUUUGAAACAAUGCUUCAUUUCUGUUGCUUCCACAAUUUCAUGUACAAUAAUGAUGCUGAAUUGAUUUGUUGGUAACAUUUGUUUGUUUCUAAGAAACUUUUGUAUGGAAAUCUGGUUUGCUUGAUGAAAAAGGAUAUAAAAAGGAUGAUAGAUAUCAAGAAAUAAAACCAUGAAAUUAAGAAAAGGAAGUCUUGUGAAAUCUUCUCAUUGAGGGGACAUUGCAUGUACAUGUAGCUUGCAAUCAGGGCCUCCAUAUUAAAGACAAAGCUAAAGGUGCUUGAUUGAAGGUAUAAUUGAUUACACUGGUCAAUAUUUACAAUCAAGCAUAUAAAUCAACGUUAAAACCAAUUUUGUACACUUUGUGCUGUGGGUCCAAUAACGGACCUCGUAGUUUUAAAAUGUAGCUAUAUUCAUGCAUGAUGGUAUGGUUUAACCCAUCUUAUUUACAUUGAUUUGCCAAAAGCAUGUGCAUUGCAUUACUGGACCUUUGUGCUCUAAAAUCAAGAACCCCUUUAGUUACCAUAUCUGAAUUUUCCUUGGGUUUAAACUAUAUAUCCAACCUUUGUGAAUUCUAGCUCAAUUUUGCAGAUGAAAAUUGUUCAUUUUGCCUGAAGGAAAGUUACUUGAUCUAAUUUCUCUCUUUUUUCAACUGGGAAUAAUUUGUAAUAGCUGAGGUAAUCUUCGUGUCUGAGGAGGGUUAUUGUUAUUUUUGUAUUAUUUUUGUAUAUAUGGGUGACAUGACAUAACAUUAAAAUGUGAUUUUGAAUGAGUUCAUUCUUGUUGAAUGUUUACACUAAAGAAAAACACUUCUUAAUACAUUAA